AUGGGUGCCAGCAGCCGCGUCUUCGUCGACGUGAACAUACAGCGGCUCCACGAUGACUUCGCGCCCGACGACCCCGGGCUUCUCCGCUGCGUCUGCCUCGGCUCCGUCAUGUGUCUGCUCCGUGCCACCCCACUCGGUGGCUACGAUGGCUCCCUUGACGACGACCCGGAGUCCGGCGUCACCCACUUUGAUGCGCUGCUCGACCGAGCCGUCGGUCGCAAUGGCCAGGCACCCGCCACAGCUACGCUCUGCGUCGAUACUGUAGGCGCUGCAGGUGGUGGGCUGCUGGCUUGGUGA